AACAACUUGUUCAGAAAGUCAUUCUGAAUAAACAGAUCAAAAACCCCUCUUUCACUCUCUCUCUCCAAAUUUUCAUUCUCAGCAAACCAAAACCAGAAGCCAUGUCUCACUCAUCAAUGGACGAUAUGAACCUCAACGCCCCUCACUCCAUGGGCACCACCAUCAUCGGUGUCACCUACGACGGCGGCGUCGUCCUCGGCGCCGAUUCCCGAACCUCCACCGGUGUCUAUGUUGCGAAUCGGUGCUCUGAUAAAAUCACGCAGCUCACAGACAAUGUCUAUGUGUGUCGUUCUGGAUCAGCUGCAGAUUCACAAGUUGUUUCCGACUAUGUGAGGCACUUUCUCCACCAGCACACCAUUCAGCUAGGGCAGCCUGCCACUGUCAAAGUCGCUGCGAAUCUCAUAAGGCUAUUGUCCUAUGGCAACAAGAACAUGUUGCAAACCGGUUUGAUUGUUGGCGGGUGGGACAAGUAUGAAGGGGGAAAGAUCUACGGUGUUCCUCUUGGUGGCACAGUUGUAGAGGCGCCCUUUGCCAUCGGAGGGUCUGGCUCUAGUUACUUGUAUGGGUUCUUUGAUCAAGCAUGGAAAGAAGGAAUGACCAAGGAGGAAGCAGAGGCGUUGGUUGUAAAGGCUGUUUCACUGGCCAUUGCUCGAGAUGGCGCCAGUGGUGGUGUUGUCCGCACCGUUGUGAUUAAUUCUGAGGGAGUGAAGAGAAACUUCUACCCCGGUGACACACUGCCACUGUGGCAUGAAGAGUUGGAGCCCCAGAACUCUCUUCUGGACAUCUUGGCUGCUGGUGAUGGCCCUGCCCCUAUGACCGAAUGAGGCUAUGAGGCUACCAAUAGGAUUGUGGUUGCAUGAUGUUGAACUCCAUGGGGAAUUGUUUUACGCCUGUGAUUUAGUUGUAUGCUGGUUCCUCUGCGAAUGUUAAACCGUAGCUAAUGUGACAUUCGUUGUGUAAUUCUUCUCAAUUCAGUUCUUGAUAUCGAAACAGUUGAACUCAACAACAGUAAAAUCUUCCAAGCGCUAAACCUGCUUAGAUUGUUUAACACCUUGCCUCUGCAAAACUCUCUUAACUCACAACUCUCCCGAACAAAUAAAUCAUUGUAUUAAGAAAUUCAGAUGUCGUUUAUAAUGA